AUGAACAAACGGGCAAACGAUCCUCUCCCUCAUCCCCAACUCAAAGAUCAAGCUCGGCCGCCUCGUGCUCCAACCCCAGCGAUCCUCACCCUCAACACCUCCUUCGGCGUCACCAUUGCCAGUGAAGCCACGGCCGGUGCCGACGACGACAUCCCUUCCGGGCUUCUUCUCGAUCGAGGCUUCCCAUCACCGACAAGCUUGAAGCCCUUCGCGAAGAGAACGCCGAGCUCUGCAUCGCUGAGAACGACUUUGCCAAACUCCUCUCCAAAAUCCCCAACACUGGAGAUUCGUCUCAAACGUGAUUACUUGGAUCAGCAUGCCCUAUCCCAGAAAGGACAUUCUAAGGUGCUGACUAGUGAGGAUUGGUAUGUCCAGCAAGCUACAAGGGAUGUGAAUCAGGCUGUUGGGCGGGUUAUUAGACGCCGUCAUGAUUAUGGUUCACACGACAAAGUCAUCAAUGCCAAAUGUCAUAUUGGCUACGACCCCAUGUUCAAGCUAAGUUAUCUGAAACUGGGGUUGAUACAACCAGAUAUGAAGAUGAUGCAUCUUUGAAGAGCUUACACAAAACUAACCUAAGAAAUCUGCCUCAGAAUUCUUGCAUAGCUAGUGCAAGUAUCCACAUUAAACCAAUCUUUAAACUUCCAUCAUGUUGAC